UUUUACUUUUGGAUUUUAGAUGGUAUAUGCAGCUCUUGAAAAUGGUGCUACAAGAAUUUUUAAAAGGAGCAUCCCACUGGAUGAAAUAUUAUCAUACGAGGAGCUCUUCACUUUGCCUUCCUACACUAGUGUCAAAGACUUUAUUAACCAGCUCAUUUUUUUAGACAAUUGUCCUUUUGGAGUCAUGCAUAUACAAACAAAAGAAAUAGACCAGUACUACAACCGAAUACAGAGUUACAUCGCCAAACCACCAUGGAUCUAUUCCAGCACUGGCCUGUACGAUGAUUUCUCUCUGACUAUCUAUCAGGGUCUGCUUUAUGGACUGUUUAACCUGCAUUCAACUUAUUAUAGACCCUAUGCUGAUCCAGUCCACGAUCCUACAUGGAGGUGGUGGCAAAAUUCACGGAAAGCUCAGCAUUACUACUUCUACAUGGCCAGUAAUAAACUCUCCAAAGCAGGACUCUAUGUGGAAACAUAUGAUUUUCGGAAGAAAUAUGACACGUUGGAAUUUGAUAGAACGCCUGACAUCAUUUACCUGGACAAGGGCAAAUGGUAUGAAUUUACCAUCUACCUCACUGUGAACACUGGUGAGUUCAAAUAUUAUUUCUACAUGCCAGCCUCACUUCAGUAUAAGGAGUCAAAGCAAGGAGCGCCUGUUAAAAAUCAGUUGCUCAACUUUAAGGAGAUGCAAGGAUCUGCAUAA